AUGAGCUGCGCGAGCCUGCUGCUCCUGCUCUGCGUCCUCCUCCUCCUUGCCGCCAUCGGCCCCUUCGCCGCCGCUGCACGCAGAGAACCAGCAAUGGCGGCCACCGGCGACGAAGCAGAUGGCGCUCAGGCCAAGCUGGCCAGGAUGAAAAUGGCUCUCGCAGACGGCCAGGAGGAGAGGGUGAUCGUGAGGAAGCAGGAGAGUACAGACUCUGACAGUUUCACCACCACAAAGUUUUCUUCGAAUGCCAAGAAUCGGUUCGACGGCCGGGUGCCCUUCACCGCCGAUUACCACACCGUACGCAGGCACCCGCCCUCGCACAACUAG